AUGUCUGUUUAUUCUUCUUUUAGAGAACUUCCUUCACAAUGUCAUUCAACUUCUUUAUUAUCAAAGAAAUUAGUUUCAACUUGUGUUCAAUCAAAAAGAAAUAUGAAAAAUUUUGAGUCUAUUCAACAAGCUUUCCUCAUUGCUCUUCUUAAUAAAUUUGGGAGUUUUAUUUUAGAACGUCCUAUUAAACGUUCUAAAGUUACUUUUCAGACUCUAAAAGUAAAAUCUUUUAGUUUAUUAAAAGAAACAAUUGAAGUUGCUGAAUUGGUUGAUAGCUGUUGUAAAGCUCGUUCAGAAGUAGAGUUAUCUCAUGGAAUAAGUAAAGAACGUGUAAAAAGAAGAUUUGAUAAAAAUCGUUUUAUUUUUCUUUCAAACCUCCUCUUAGAUAUUGCAACUGAACUUGGCUAUUUUUUUGAAACUAAAAUGGCUCGAAAUGCUGGUGGUGUUAUUCAAUUAGAAAAAAUAAGAAAAACAUUCUAUCACUCACAACUCCUCUUUAGUCAAGAAGAAAUGAUGGUUCGUGGAGUUGCAUUGAAUAGGUAUGUAUUUUCUUUAACUGACAACGUUGAUAAACUUGGAAAAUUAGAUAGAAAUGAUCCUAUUAUCAUUAAAAUCCUUUUUGAUCCAAUUGAAACUGUACAAAGAGGAUGGAAUGUUAGAGUCAAACAGGAUGAAUGUGAAUCAAAAGAGUAA